AUGCCGUCAUCGUCGCAGCCCCCGGGUGACCGCAACGGCGGCAUCUCGAAACCCUUCUCCCUUUCUUCCAACUCAAAAGAGCCACCCGUGAAGAAAACUGCCUUCAGCUUCCAAUCCAGUCGCAGUCGCCCCGACUUAGCACUCAAAUCCGGUUCUCUUCCUCGCCGUCCGCACCAGCUGGGUCACGAUGACUCCUCCGAUGAAGAUGAAGCAGAGCCAGUUCACGAGGAAGUCUCCGGCUUCGACACACACACCGGCGGCGCCAUUACAACGGAUGGACAGGCCGUCAACACCGGGAAGACGCCACUAGUGAUCCCAGUCACGAGCAAAAACAACUGGCGCGAUCGGCCUGGAGUCAACGUGAGGAAGAGCACGAACCUCCUCCCUCGCGAAGUUCAGGCUAUGCAGGGGGCGCAAAAAAAUGGACAGGCCCCGCCAGGAAACGAGGUCGAAACCAAGGGACCGAGUAUGGCAUACGGCCUAAGUUUUGCUCAGAAGGCUGCAGAAGAUGAGAAGAAAGGCGAUACUGGUGGCGAAGACCAACCCAUGGCGGAUGCGAAACCGGCCGAGGACAGUAAGUCUCUCACAGACGACCAGCUCGCUUUACGGGCUUUAAUCCAAGAGAGUACGGGCGAGGCGCAACGGAGAACCGACCUUGUUAUUGAAUCGUCAAAGGGAAAGAACGAAGAUGGAACGCCUGCGCAUUACGACGAAGCAGCUUCCUUCAAGACGGAUGUGGGUUCUCGACCCGAAUCAGCUACUCUGGAUCAAUACAACGCCAUCCCUGUCGAGGAAUUUGGUGCUGCGCUUCUUCGAGGAAUGGGUUGGAAGGAUGGCCAAUCUAUCGGGCGCGGGAAAUAUGGUUCUUCCUCAAAUGCGAAAAAGUCCAAUGAGCCUCAAGUUCCAGCCCCUCGCCCUGGAUUCCUGGGAAUCGGAGCUAAGGACUCUGGAAAGGGCGCAGAAGUUGAGUUUGGCGCAUGGGGAAAGUCAGCCAUGCGCAAGGCGUCAAGGAAGCAAGGCGAAGAAAACGCAAGCGGUAAUACAGAAGGUCUCUACAUGCCCGUUAUGGUGCGCAACAAAAAUACCGGAGAGUACAUUACCGAGGAAGAGCUCGCAGAGCUGAAGAAGAAGGGCUCCAAACCACAGCCUCCAGAAGACGACUGGCGCGACAGACGAGAUCGCAACUUGGAGAAGAGCGGGCGUGGUAGAGACCGUGACCGGGACUACCGCAGACGAGACUACGACGAUGAGCGCUCUGAUCGGAGGAAUGGGUCUUCGCGUCGUGAUCGCUCUCGUUCUGCUGGUCGCCAUUCUUCUCGACGAUCUAGAUACGACGAUGACGACCGCCGGAGGGACGACCAGCCUUCGCGCGACUCGGAUCGCGAUCAUCGACGAGCCCGUGAUGACGAUAGGGACUACUACAAAAGAGACCGGGACUAUGACAGGGAACGACACCGAUCUCGCCAUCACAGAGAUGAUGGUUACAGUAGUCGCUCGUCUCAUUCAUCACGACACGAUCGUGACCGUGACCGUGACCGUAAUUCUCACCGGCGUCGGCGAGAGGAUUAG